GCCUCCGUUCCUCCCUCCCCGCCACGGCCCCGCGCGCGAGUGCGGCCCACGCCGAGCGACCGCGACCCGGGUCCCGCCCCGCCCCGCGCCCAGGGGUCCCGGGGCGGGCUGCGGGCCGGCGGACGAUGCGGCGGCGCUGCCGGAGCGGCGGCGGCGGGCGGCGGAGGCGGAGGUGACGCGCCGCGGCGGGCCGACGGCCAUGCAGCGCUCGCGGACGGCCGCGGACGACGCGGCUCUGCUCCUGGCCGGGCUGGGCCUGCGCGAGCCGGAGCCGACCGCCGGCUCCCCAGGGCGCGUGCGGCGCGGGCCGAGGGCCGUGGACGAGGCGGCGCCCGCGUCGGGCCGCCGAGGCAAGGGCGGCGGCAUCGGACCCGAGGCCGCGCCCGACGUCCCGAGCCGCCCCGAGCGAGGCCCGCGCGCCAGCCUGGCGGGCUCGGACGGCGGCAGCGCGCGCUCGAGCGGUAUCAGCCUGGGCUACGACCAGCGCCACGGCCACGGCCCCGGGCCGCCGUCGGGGGGCAGCGCGCGCUCCAGCGUGUCCAGCCUGGGCUCCCGUGGCUCAGCGGGCGCCUGUGCAGACCUGCUGCCGCCCGGCGUCGGCCCCGCGCCCGCCCGCUCUCCGGAGCCUGCCCAGUUUCCCUUCCCGUUGCCGUCGCUGCCGCUGCCCCCGGGCCGGGAGGGCGGCCCGAGUGCGGCCGAGCGGCGGCUGGAGGCGCUCACGCGGGAACUGGAGCGCGCGCUCGAGGCGCGCACGGCGCGAGACUACUUUGGCAUUUGUAUCAAGUGUGGCCUCGGCAUCUACGGAGCGAGGCAGGCGUGCCAGGCGAUGGGGAGCCUGUAUCACACCGACUGCUUCAUCUGUGACUCCUGCGGGAGACGGCUCCGUGGGAAGGCCUUCUAUAACGUGGGUGAGAAAGUGUACUGCCAGGAGGACUUCCUGUACUCCGGGUUCCAGCAAACAGCUGACAAGUGUAGCGUGUGUGGACACCUCAUCAUGGAGAUGAUUCUGCAGGCCCUUGGCAAGUCCUACCACCCGGGCUGCUUCCGCUGCUCAGUGUGCAACGAGUGCUUGGAUGGGGUUCCCUUUACUGUGGAUGUGGAGAACAACAUUUACUGUGUUAGAGAUUAUCAUACGGUGUUUGCACCAAAAUGUGCCUCCUGUGCCCGCCCCAUCCUCCCUGCACAGGGCUGUGAGACAACCAUUCGUGUGGUGUCCAUGGACAGAGACUACCAUGUGGAGUGUUACCACUGUGAGGACUGUGGGCUGCAGCUGAGCGGGGAGGAGGGACGCCGCUGCUACCCCCUGGAGGGGCACCUGCUCUGCCGUCGAUGCCACCUGAGGCGCCUUGGACAGGGCCCACUCCCCUCGCCUGCUGUGCAUGUGACUGAGCUCUGAGAAGCAGCAUCAGGGAGAGAGGAGAGAAGUGACUCACGCUCCUCCUCACCCCACCCCUCCAGCUGCUGUCCCUUCCGCAGGGGCCGGACCCCCGCAACAGAGAAGCAUUUCUAUUUAUUCACCUUCUGUGCCUCAAGUCACUUCCCCUGCUGGAUUCCAGGACACCCACACCAUAGACUACCUUCCUCAACCGGUCUUGGCUCCCAUGGCAGGGAUUGGAGGGCCUUGGAGCCGGUGGGGACAGGUGCCUUAUUUGUGUGUGACCACAGAGCCAGGGAGCAUCGACAACCUGGGACAUACCACGAUUUGGCCUUGAUGGGUAUUUUCAGCUGCAGUUCUCUGCCUCUCUGAAUCCUGGCUUGGGGUGCUUUUCCAGCAUCCACAGUCUCAGAAGACCCAGGAGCAGAGGGGGAUGGGGCGCAUCAGGGGGCUCCCUACAGACCCUGCCAGGGAACAUCUGUGCACACUGUAUCAGGCUCCACUACCAAAGCGUAUGAUUUGACUUAAAUUAAGUUUUUUUUCCCUUCUGGAGGAUGUUUGCAUUUUCUUUAAAAGAAUAUAGUUUUCUUCUAAAAA